CCAUGCAGUUAGAUGUUGUUAGACUAGCUUGGGAACUGUGCCGAGUGGGACGCUCUUCUUCCGUUAAUAAUAUUUUCCGAAAUGGAAAAGAUGAUACUGUAAUCAAGAGAGAAUUUUAUCAUAUGCCACGAAUAAUUAUUAGCUUUAUCAACGGAUGGAACAUGUGUUCUGUAGGCCUAGGCUUAUAGAGAAACUUAACAUUCCCAUCACGUGGUUUGUGAAUAAUAUACUGUUUGCCAAAUCUUGCGAAUUUCACACUAAAAGAUGAAUGCUCUAACAAGAUAUGUGUUGGUAUUCAGUGUACUUGUUCGAUUGUCGUCGCAAUCCAACUGCUUGACGAAUGAAUUGAACCUCAGUGGAGAGGAAGACCAGGAAGUGGUCAUUUUUGUCACCGAAAGCGAAUUGAAAGACGUUGUCAUCAAUAUCACAUAUACUGAGUCAAACGCCACGUUUUCUUUAGCAAAUAUGGACGAAGACAUCUUCCAUGUAAAGUUCAAUGAUAUGCCUGAUAAAGAGAUAAAUUCUACUAAUGAUGAAAUUAUGAAAGAUGAAUUGCAUUUAGGAAUACUAGGCUUGAAACUCGGUAUCGGACAGUUUAAAAUCGUCCUAACAUUUUCAGAUAGUGAAUGCGAGUUAAAACCUAGUUACCGUGUGAAAGUCUUGCGUAAACCAAGCGUAAUCGACAGUGCAUUUACUUACUCGCUGCUGAGCUGGAUGAUAAUCUCGUACGUCACAAUGGGAGUAAAGAUGGAUCUGAGGAUAAUCUGGGGAAAAUUACGUCGACCCUACGGCGUAGUUACAGGAAUAAUAUGCCAGUUCGGGAUAAUGCCGGGGUUAGCUUUUUCUGUUGCUAAGAUUUUAUCAUUACAGGACGCAGUCGCCAUCGGACUUUUAAUUGACGGAUCUUGUCCAGGCGGAUGGCUUAGUAAUGUGUUCUCUCUGCUGCUUGACUGUGACUUCGUUCUCAGUUUAACUAUGACCUUCUGCUCGAGUUUCUUAGCCCUUGGGAUGAUGCCACUUAAUAUGGAAAUCUAUGCAAAACCAUUCACGAGCGAAGGUUUGAAAACGCCGUAUAAAGACAUUAUUAUGCAACUUGGACUAAUGCUUAUCCCGGUCGGUAUAGGUAUAAUAAUACUAUAUAAAUUUACCAAAAUGGCGGACCUUUGUGUUAAGCUUCUGAAACCAUUUGCCGCCGGUCUGAUAGUGAUAGCCUUGAGUUUAGGUAUUCCUUCGCAGAUGUUUAUUUUUCAGUCUUCGUGGCGAAUUUACGUUGCCGCCGGUAUUUUCCCGCUAAUUGGUGGCAUCACCGGCUUUUCUAUUUCGAAGAUCACUCAAAGAAAUACCCCAGAGGCGCUGACAAUUGCAUUUGAAACAGGAGUACAGAAUAGUUUAUUAGCGACCACUAUGGUAAAACUUUCUUACCCACAACCUGAAGCCGACCUGAUUUCUAGAGUCCCACUUUUGAUCGCGAUUCUGACCAUGAUAGAAGGAACGAUUAUAGUUUUAAUUUAUGUCGCAAUGAAACAACUGUCGAAUAGAGUGUAUCAACCUGUUGUAGAAGAGACAAAUACGAUUAAAUCGGAUGAAGCUGUAAAUAACGGGGGACGUAACGGGUGGACUAAACUGACUCAAGUGAAAGGGAAGGAGAGAAAGAUAUACAUUGGAGAUGACUACUCGAGUGACGACAAUGAAACACCAGAUACACAUGGGAACCUAGACGAGAUGAGUGGCUGCGACGGAGUGUAAUUCAAACCAAAUAAACCCUACUUCCAUUACAUGCACUAUCGUAUUGGUCUAUGCAUUAGUAAUUAAGAAUAUCGUUGUAACUAAUCAUUAAUAUUAUAAUGAUUCAUAAGUGUGUGCUUCUUACCAAUCCGAAAUUAUUUAAAUAAUUCAAGACUAAACUGUCGGUAGUUACUUCAUGCGACUUCGCUCGUCAUAAUAACGUUUUUAAUAUUAGUUAGUACAAGUUGGAGGGAAGCAAUUGUUAGUUGCUUUAUGUCUAAACCGAGUUUCCAUAAAAUCGCUACACUUUAUCGUCGACCCCUUUGGCGACGCUGAUUGGUCUGUUGAAUCUGGGAGCGUUCCCGAUCGCGUCGGGGACAGCUACGCCGUGCAAAGAUUGCAGGGAAAAUGCUGUAGCGACAGUGUAGCGAUUUUAUGGAAAUUACGCUUUACAUAGAAAAAGUAGAGGAUCACUAAGUACAUUAUGGAUUAUGGAGAGCAAAGAACUACUUUAAAUUAUAAUUAUGAACUGUACUAGUUUUAUAUAAUAAUGACAAUUAACAACAGUAACACUUUAUAGACUGCAUCUCACACUAAUCUCUAACGUUUAUUUGGUCUUUUGCCAUUUGCUUAAAUCGCCAUGCAUCUACAUUUUAUUAUACUGUAAAUACUUUUCUAUUUUUGUAUUGAAAUAAACAUAAUUUCUGAGAUUGCAGAUCUCAUUUUAUUAUUAAUAUUAUUAGUUCCAAUAUAUGGAAAGAAUAUUAACGUAGGCCUAAUUUUUCUUGAGGAAACUUUGGAAUAAACGGGUUUUUGUAUAUAA